AUGGCAAACAAUAAAGGGACUACAUGCUCCAAGGUGCAAUCGCACGAAAUGUUACCUGUUCAAAUUCUUGAGAAAGGAGUUUUUCGUUUUGAUUGUUCUGUGCAUGAUAGAAAUAAUGCAUCGCCGAGCAUUUCUUUCAAAAAUUCAAAACACAGGGAUACUCCAAUUACGAAUUGUCAUGUAAAUCCAACCUACACUCCAACAUUUGAAUGUGAUAUGGGAGAACAAAGAGUCAAUAUUAAGUUGCCAUCUGGUACCUCUUUUUAUGGAACUGGAGAAGUAAGUGGGCAGCUGGAGCGAACCGGAAAGAGAAUUUUUACUUGGAAUACUGACGCAUUCAACUAUGAUGUGGAGACAACUUCCUUGUAUCAAUCCCAUCCUUGGAUUCUAGCAGUUCUCCCUGAUGGAAAAGCAUUUGGGGUUCUUGCAGAUACCACAAGACGAUGUGAGAUUGACUUGACUAAGGAAUCAAAUAUAAAGAUCAUUGCUCCAUCAUCAUAUCCUUUGAUCACAUUUGGUCCAUUUUCUUCACCAGCAGAUGUUCUUAUGUCUUUCUCCCGUGCUGUUGGUAAUUACGGAUCAUUACAUUUAUCAUUUCCGGUCGAUCUAAAUAUUUUUUAUGUCUCUACUUAG